GGCGCCGACUGCAUCGGCCUGGAGCUGCGCAAGGGCGACGGCACCCUGCUGUCCCUCACCGCCGACUUCCGACGGGACAUUUGUGCACAAAGAUCUCUGCAGUUGGCUUCUUCACAGGAGGUGAAGAUUUUCCGUGCCCUGAUCCUGGGGGAGCUGGAGAGGGGCCAGAGCCAGUUCCAGGCCCUCUGCUUUGUCACGAGGCUCCACCGCAACGAGAUCAUCCCCAGCGAGUCCAUGGCCAAGCUGCGGCAGAAAAACCCCAAAACGGUGCGGCAAGCAGAGGAGGUCCGUGGGCUGGAGCACCUGAGCAUGGACGUGGCUGUCAACUUCAGCAAAGGGGCCCAGCUGAGCCCUCACAUCCACAACGUCUGCUCUGAGGCCCAGGAGGCUAUUUACACCCGGGAAGAAGAUGUUAAGUUUUGGCUGGAGAAAGGGGUGGACGGCUCCAUGUUCGAGGUCCUGCCCCAGUCGGCCGACCUGCCCGACCUGCAGCGCUGCAAGCUGUGCUCGGACCGCUGGAAGCCCUGCAUCUGCAGCUACUCGCUGAGCAUCGAGUGGUACCCCUGCAUGCUCAAGUAUUGCCGGAGCCGGGACGCCAGUGGCAAAGUCUCCUCCUACAAGUGCGGCAUUCGCAGCUGCCAGAAGGGCUACACCUUUGACUAUUACGUGCCGCAGAAGCAGCUGUGCCUCUGGGAUGAAGAGACCUAGCAAAGCUUAUCUGGGAUGCGUCUUUUCAGCCUCCCGCCCUCGCUCCAUGACUCCGGGCCGUGUGCCAGGGCUGACUGCCCGGAGGGGGAGAGGGCUCGCAGAGGUGCUUGGACCAUGGAGGCUCUGUGUGCUUCUUUUCUUCCCAUUCCCUGGGACCCCCUCAGGCUGCCUCAUACUGUGAAAACAGGCUUAGCUUCUGCAUCUUAGCACAGCGCUGCCCAGAGCCAAGUGCAUUGCUCACCAGGGACAGUUUGGGGGUGAGUCUUUCCUGGCCAAGUGCAGGGGGGCUGGACCCGAUGAUCUGUAAGGUCCCUUCCAGCCCCUAACAACUAUGAAACUAUGAAGGGGAAUGGCUGUGCUUACCGGUGCCAGCCCAGAGCCUCUUCAAGGGGAAGGGAAGCCAUCUCAGCUGUCACUUCAGCAGCCAAAAUGUGAGCGGAGGACAGGGCAGCUCCGGACCUGUCCCCGGUCCCUUUCCCACAGGCUCCCAGCCCCACCACGGCAGCACUUGCCACUGGUGGGGCCACGGACUUGGUGGGAAACCCCCCAAGUGAGGAAGGUGCAAGGGCCCCAAAGCGGGCGGCGUGCUGUGCUGUCACAGCACCCGACCACUUGCCAGCUUCUUCCCUGGCUGGUGGAGAUGGAAAGCUUAGGUACCAGGAGGCCUCCCGGCCCCUUGAAGAAAGGGAGCUUUAAUGAGUCUCUGGUUUGGCUUGUUCUUAAGACCCAGCCAAGCUGGGGUUGAGGCUGCAGUCCCAGGGACUCUCCUGUUAAGAAAGAGCUGUCCACACAUUUCUAUCCACUGCCUCCGGGGCUGUGGUUGACAAUCCCCCACUGGGUCUGCACCAGAGCUUCGGAGAUCUGCUGAGGGCAGGGGACUGCCAUGCAGUACUCCUGGGUUUUAUUUCCAGCCCUGCUGCUAACCUGCUAGGUGAGCAUAGCUAAAUCCCACCACUUCACUGUGCCUCAGUUUCCCCAUCUGUAAAAUGGGGGCAACGAUGACGGCUUUCCUUUGUAAAGCACUAGGAGGGCCUCCAAAGAUAAGCUAUGAUUGACGGCUGUCAUUACUGCAUUCCUCUGUCUUAGGGGUUGGAGCUGAAGGGGGGAGAGUGGGGUUAGGGCUACCGCAGUCUUCAUAGACCCACAGGGUCCAGAGCAGCUGCGAUUUGUAACCCCAGCCCCUCUGGCUCCAUACCCUCUUUCUUGUGCCUUCUGCCCAAACUUGAGCAUUUUGGACAAAAAAAAAAAAAGAUAAUUUCCAGGUUUUUCUUCUUUUAAUUUGCUGACAGAACUAUUUUUGUAGGGAUCUCAUUGGGGGAAGGGCGGGGAGAGGCUACAUUUUAAUAUGGCGACAUGAAGUAAAACCACGACUAAACUUGAAAGAUUUUUUAAAAGCAAAGUAUUUAUCAUUUUUAAGGUAAAUAAAUGGAUUUUUUUUUAAAGCAGA